AUGAGCAGUGCUGAGACUCAACACUGUGUCUGUGUUGCAGCCUGUGUCUAUGUGUUGCAGCCUGUGCUGAUGACUCAGCACUAUGUCUAUGUGUUGCAGCCUGUCCUAUGUCUAUGUGUUGCAGCCUGUGCUGAUGACUCAGCCUGUGUCUAUGUGUUGCAGCCUGUGUCUAUGACUCAGCACUAUGUCUAUGUGUUGCAGCCUGUCACUAUGUCUGUGUUGCAGCCUGUGUCUGAUGACUCAGCACUGUGUCUAUGUGUUGCAGCCUGUGUCUAUAGGAACAAGAAUGUGGUCCUCCUGAGCACACUGCACAAAACGGCUGAGAUCAGUGAUCGCGAGGACAGGAAACCAGCCAUCAUCCUGGACUACAACAACAACAAAGGAGUCAUGGAAAACCUGGACAAGUUUGCAGCUCUGUGUGUUGUGCAGCAGUCAGCUGGCAUUAAUGUGACGGGGGUCGUAAGAGGACAAAUCAAAAUCACCUGUUCUUAUAAAUGGGCAGAGGACAAUGACAAAUAUUUCUGUAAGGAAAGCUGCUCCAAGAAUGAUAUUCUCAUUCAGAGCGAUGGUAAGCAAAAUUACCAAAAAAAAGACAGAUUCUCCAUCCUGAACACAAUAAAUGGAGUUUUCACUGUGACCAUAACUAAACUGGAGAAGUCAGACUCUGGGAAAUACUGGUGUGGAGUGAAGAGAUUAUUGAAGGACACCUAUACUGAAGUUCAUCUCAAAGUUACAGACGCUCCUCCCACUUCUACAUCAUCACCUGUCACCUCCAGACCCCAUGUCUCCACAACCCUCCCAAACCUCUCUACAACAUCCGCUAACCUCUCCGCAAUGUUUCUGGUAUCUGGAGAUAUCAGUGGUCACUCUUCAUCAAGAGCAGGUCUGAUGGUGUGGACCAGUGCUGGUCUGGUUGUCAUGGUGACAGUGUUAGGUCUGGUCCUGCUCCUGUUCUACAGACAGAGGAGAGGAACCAGGAGAACAACACCACCACCACCAGUCUCCUCCAACACACAACCUGACCCUACUGGAGAGGUUGACUGUGUGUAUGAGGAGAUCAGAGAGGCAGACAGACAGACAGACACACUCCCUUUGGUCAUUUCAUCAGUCUACUCUACUGUCAAUUCACCUACAACCUACCCUGCUGACCAAGCCUCUACAACCUACCCUGCUGACCAAGCCUCUACAACCUACCCUACUGGCCAAGCCUCUACAACCUGCCCUGCUGGCCAAGCCUCUACAACCUACCCUGCUGGCCAAGCCUCUACAACCUACCCUGCUGACCAAGCCUCUACAACCUACCCUGCUGGCAAAGCCUCUACAACCUACCCUGCUGACCAAGCCUCUACAACCUACCCUGCUGACCAAGCCUCUACAACCUACCCUGCUGGCAAAGCCUCUACAACCUGCCCUGCUGACCAAGCCUCUACAACCUACACUGCUGGCCAAGCCUCUACAACCUACCCUGCUGGCAAAGCUAUCGGUGUCCCACACUGUGACAUCUAUGCUAACGCUAGCUGCCACAAAGAUGAUAUAAAUCCAAGUUAUUCUACUGCAGAUCACCCAGAUUCUUUCAUCUACUCCAGUGUGGAUCUACCUACAGACUCUAGAGUCUCCUCAAGUCCUCCAACAGUCAGUGGAAACCAGGAUGAUUCCAUCUAUUCUACAGCCCAGCUACCCAAAGAUACUGUAUAAUCUACAAGAUACCCUGCUGUGCACCUCUCUAAAGACACUCCAGAAGAUGCCCUCUACUCUACAGCCCAGCUACCCAAAGAUACUGUAGAAUCUACAAGAUACCCUGCUGUGCACCUCUCUAAAGAUACUCCAGAAGAUGCCCUCUACUCUACAGCCCAGCUACCCAAAGAUACUGUAUAAUCUACAAGAUACCCUGCUGUGCACCUCUCUAAAGAUACUCCAGAAGAUGCCCUCUACUCUACAGUCCAGCAACCCAAAGAUACUGUAUAAUCUACAAGAUACCCUGCUGUGCACCUCUCUAAAGACACUCCAGAAGAUGCCCUCUACUCUACAGCCCAGCUACCCAAAGAUACUGUAGAAUCUACAAGAUACCCUGCUGUGCACCUCUCUAAAGAUACUCCAGAAGAUGCCCUCUACUCUACAGCCCAGCUACCCAAAGAUACUGUAUAAUCUACAAGAUACCCUGCUGUGCACCUCUCUAAAGACACUCCAGAAGAUGCCCUCUACUCCACAGCCCAGCUACCCAAAGAUACUGUAGAAUCUACAAGAUACCCUGCUGUGCACCUCUCUAAAGACACUCCAGAAGAUGUCCUCUACUCUACAGUCCAGCAACCCAAAGAUACUGUAGAAUCUACAAGAUACCCUGCUGUACAUCUCUCUAAAGACACUCCAGAAGAUGCCCUCUACUCUACAGCCCAGCUACCCAAAGAUACUGCAGAAUCUACAAGAUACCCUGCUGUGCACCUCUCUAAAGACACUCCAGAAGAUGCCCUCUACUCUGCAGCCCAACUACCCACAAUAAUGUAGUAUUAUAGAAUAUAUACAAGGAAUGUGUCCCAAAUGACACCCUAUUAUCUAUCCCCCAAAUGGACCCUGGUCAAAGGCAGUGCUCUAUAGAGAACAAGGUGCCAUCUGGGAUGAAGAGAAGCUUCCUGUAGAGAGAUGAAGGGUUGUCACCACAGAGCCGCCAUCUUGGAACGACAUGAAAAAAACAAUCCCUUUCCUGUUUCAAAUCCUCCUUGACACAUUGAGUUAAAACAGCUCAUGUGGUUUUACUGUAUAUAAUGUAUGUAAAAUAUGAACACCUGGCUUUAAAAUCACUUUUAUCUCCAGAUUUUGUGAAAUUCAACCAACAUUUUUGUAAAUAUUUGUGUAAAUAUGUGUUUGUCAAAGCAUAUUGGAUUCAUUUAGUCUGUUAUAAUAAUGAAGACAGUAAUGCCAUAAUAGUCAGUUGUACCUUUGAGAUAUGUUUAAAUCAGUGUAAAUGUGGAGUGUUUGUGUGUGUUUGUUCAUGUGCGUGUGUGUGCUUCUAGUGUGUGUUUGUCAGUGUGUGUGUGUGUGUG